UUAACAGAGAACUUUUUCCAUAAUCUUAGGAAUGAUCUUCAGGCUGUCAAAUCCGACCUUAGCUAUCGCAAAUUCAUUUGGAUUCUCGCAACUACCACUUCAUGAGUCCUCCGAAUCUAGUUGGAUUCUCGUGGUUCUUAGCUUUCGCGAAUCCAAUUUAGUUUCUCAUAAAUUCCAUACGGGAAUCCAAUUUUUAUAGUUUCUUUCUCUAGUAUUAUUAUGAUAUGAAACACUUCAUUUUCUUUAUGUGAGUGGAAGAUCAUCACCAAAGCCGACUGGCUGACUGAAACUUGCCCUCAGGAAAUGCGCCUUUUUUGAUAUUUUGUGCUUUGAGAUUAAAGGCAAAGUACAGAAUCCAUGGUAACUAUAUAUACCUUACGGAAAUACCCUUUGAAUACAGGGGUCCUUGGAGAGACAUAGUAAACAUAUCAUUGAGACGAGACGUCGUUCAUGUAAUAAACUUUUGAAAAGAUGACAAUAAAAAAAAUCACAUGCAAAAAAAGUUGAAGUCGAUAACCAGACUCAUCCUAAUAAUUAGGUUCCCAAUGAUCUGGACGCAAGGGCCUGAUUCGUGAUGAUCAAUAAUCAUUCUGUAAAGUAUUCAAUUCCAAUAAAGUGAAAAUAAAAUGGUAACCAUCGGCAGCAAAUGGUUGAUCUUGGCAGCGAACAAAGUGUUUGUUCGUAGAUUCACCAAUAUUUGAAGAGUAGAAAUAGAGUAGAAGUAUUGUGACUAAUGUUAUUAAUUGUGUGAAUGUGAUUGGAUUUGCGGUAUCAGAGGUCACAAGAGUCAACGCGCAAAUCAAAUACGCGGAUUCGCAUUGGAUUUCACAGCCUGAUUUUAGUUCCAUAGCUGUGAAUCAUAAUGCAUUGCAAAGUGUUUAUAAUUGCCAUCUUUUCUGAUAUGUAUUAUUUUUAUUAAAGGAGAGAUAAUUUUAUAUAUAUAUAUAUGGUAUAUAUAUUAUAUUUCAUAUUAGGCCCAGUCUUGAAUUUCAUUUAUUAUCUUUUAGAAAAUGAAAUGGCAUCUAAAAGUUCAAAUGAUGAUGAUAGUUCAGUGUUUCAGAGUAAAAGUACAUUGUUCAAUUAUAAGAAUGAGACUGAAAGCCAUAAUGGUGCUACAGAGGAGAACCUUGUUGGUAAUGUGUCGAAAUUUAUUGCCUACCCACCUGAUAGUAGUGGAAAGGCUCAGCGGGGUUAUUUAAUGUUUCAUGCUUGUUUUCAAAGUGGAAAUUUGGGCCGUGUAGACUGUAUAUCUGAGUUUGAAUAUGAUUUAUUUAUUCGACCAGACACGUGUAAUCCAAGGUUUCGUGUUUGGUUUAAUUUUACAGUUCAAAAUGUACGAUCCGGACAAAAGGUUAUAUUUAACAUUAUUAAUUUCAGUAAGACAAAGAGUUUGUACAGAGAAGGUAUGAGUCCUUUGGUUAAAUCCACAAGUAGACCAAGGUGGCAACGAAUACCGGCAAAGAAUGUGUUUUACUACAAAUCUCCAGAGCACAAUAAAAAUUAUGUCAUGUCGUUUGCAUUUGCAUUUGAUAGGGAGGCUGAUGUUUACCAGUUCUCAUAUUGUUUUCCAUACUCAUAUAAUAAACUACAGCUGUAUCUUAAUGAUAUAGAAAACAUGAACCUUGAUUACAUAAAAAGGGACCAGUUAUGCUUAUCUGUGCAACAAAGGAAUGUUGAUCUUCUCACCAUAACAAGUCCAAAAAAUUUAAAAGGAGAUAAAAAGCGAAGAGUUGUGUUCUUUACUGCUAGGGUUCAUCCUGGCGAGUCCCCAGCCUCGUAUGUAUGUCAAGGAAUUAUAGAUUUCUUAAUAUCCAACCAUCCUGUAGCUCAAGUGUUGAGGGAACAUCUUGUAUUUAUGAUUGUGCCAAUGUUAAAUCCUGAUGGUGUCGUGCUUGGAAAUUACAGGUGUUCUUUAAUGGGUUUUGAUCUUAAUCGUUAUUGGUUAGAACCUUCUCCUUGGGCUCACCCAUCAAUUGUUGCUACAAAACAACUUCUACUGCAAAUGAAUUCUGAUCCCAUGGUCUCUUUAGAUUUUUGUAUCGAUAUUCAUGCCCAUUCUACAGCAAUGAAUGGAUUUAUGUAUGGAAAUGUAUACGAGGAUGAAGAACGUUUUGAGCAGCAUUCAACAUUUCCACGUUUGUUGUCGUGUAAUGCUGAUGAUUUUUCCUUCAGCAGUACUUCUUUUAAUAAAGAUGCGGUUAAAGCUGGCACAAGCAGAAGAACACUUGGUUUAUGUUUGUCAGAUCGUUGUAAUUGUUAUACAUUGGAGGUAUCCUUUUACAGCUAUUCCUCUGGUUGCUCCACAGCUGUUCCUUAUACAGAAGAAUCCUAUUUAAAGCUGGGAAGAAAUGUGGCACGCACAUUUGUUGAUUAUUAUAAACUAAAUAGUUUUGCAGCCCAAAAGCUUCGGAAAAACUUUCUUGGUUAUGAUAAGGUGAGAAGUAGAGUAAGCAAUGAAAAAAACGACCAUCAACAUUCUGAAACAAUUGAAAGUCAAUCAAGCAAUGAAGAAAGUUGUAGCCAGCGAAACAGUUGGAAAGUUCCCAAAAAGACAUUCUGCAUUAACGAUGAUCAUAUUUUGAACCAUCAUAAUUAUAUGUAUGGAAAAUUAAAACUGAAACACAGAAAUAGCAAAACCUAGUAUAUAAACAUGACCUACUGUAAACAUCAGCUUUCCAGCGCAACAGGUUAACAAGAUUGAGGAGGUUCAGUUACACUAGACUUUAGCCACUCUGAUUUUUUUAUGCCUUUUGUCUGGUUUGGAUGAUUUUAUCUAUGUAUGUAAUACAUACUUCAGAAACAAAAAGCAUUCAUUUUUAAUUUUAUUAAAAUGUAAAUUACAUUGUAGAUAUAGUUGUAAAUUUAAUAAAAUAGUUUUCUGUUCAUUUUUUAUUGUUUAUGUGAAUAUUUACAAUCCUUUUACUUAUUUUAGAAAUGCAAGAUUAGUGUAUGUUAGCGAAAUACCAGUUUAUCUUAAUAAGUACAUAUUCACAAAAACCA